AUACACUUUUUUUCCUGAGUGUGUUAAGGAGAUUUACUCAUUUCGUUUUUUGUUCCUGCUACUUUUUCGCCGAAGGUAUCUGUCGGCAGGAAGCAAGGAACGAAGAAGACCAAUUCACUGAAAACACUUAUCUGAAUGUGGUGCUUUUGCUUGUUUCUAGCAUGCCUGGAAGGCUCAGCUUUCAACUGCAAGUGUAGUUUUGAAAUCUGCUGUGCUUGCUCUUAUCAGAAAUCUGUGACUGUUUAUCCUAUGAUAAAGCAUGAUAUGUUUAGAUCUUACACUAUACAGGAUUAGAAGGUCUUGAUGUAACUGGCUGAAAAAUGGUUCUGCAAGACGACAGCAUCAACUUUAACGCUGUUAAAAUGGAGACUGUCUUCACUUUGACGUGAUGUGUGAAGUCUGUUAGCAUUUUUUGUUUGGUUUUUUUUUUUACAGUUAUUGUGGAAGGUUACAAAUGGUGUGGGUUUUUAUCAUGAAUCGAAUGAGCUCCCAGAGCAGUUCAUCCACUCAACGUAGGCGAAUGGCUCUAGGAAUUGUCAUUCUUCUCCUUGUUGACGUGAUCUGGGUUGCCUCUUCAGAACUCACUUCUUAUGUUUUUACAAAAUACAACAAGCCUUUUUUCAGUACAUUUGCAAAAACAUCCAUGUUUGUUCUAUACCUCUUGGGAUUUAUUGUUUGGAAACCAUGGAGGCAACAGUGUACUCGUGGAUUUCGUGGAAGGCAUGCAGCUUUUUUUGCAGAUGCUGAAGGUUAUUUUGCUGCUUGUACAACAGAUAACACUGUAAACAGUUCUCUGAGUGAACCUUUAUAUGUUCCUGUAAAGUUUCAUGAUUUGCCAACUGAAAAAAAUGGCAGUAAUAAUAGUGAUGCAGAGAAAACUCCCAAAAAGCCUCGUGUAAGGUUCAGUAAUAUUAUGGAGAUUCGACAACUUCCAUCAAGCCAUGCGUUGGAAGCAAAGUUGUCUCGCAUGUCAUAUCCAACAGUUAAGGACCAGGAAUCAAUAUUAAAAACUGUAGGAAAACUUACUGCAACUCAAGUAGCAAAAAUCAGCUUUUUCUUUUGUUUUGUGUGGUUCUUGGCAAAUUUCUCUUACCAAGAAGCUCUGUCAGAUACCCAGGUUGCUAUAGUUAAUAUAUUGUCGUCAACCUCUGGGCUUUUCACUUUAAUCUUAGCUGCAGUCUUUCCCAGUAACAGUGGAGAUAGGUUUACCCUUUCCAAAUUAUUAGCUGUCAUUUUAAGCAUUGGUGGUGUGGUACUUGUUAACCUUUCUGGAUCUGAGAAAUCUGCUGGAAAAGAUACAAUAGGUUCCCUUUGGUCUCUUGUAGGAGCAAUGCUGUAUGCUGUGUACAUAGUAAUGAUCAAAAGGAAAGUAGAUAGAGAAGAUAAACUUGACAUACCAAUGUUCUUUGGUUUUGUAGGGCUGUUCAAUCUGUUGCUGCUGUGGCCAGGGUUUUUCCUGCUUCACUAUACUGGGUUUGAAGCGUUCGAGUUUCCCAGUAAGCUGAUAUGGAUGUGCAUUGUUAUUAAUGGCCUUAUUGGAACAGUUCUGUCAGAAUUCCUCUGGCUGUGGGGCUGCUUUCUUACCUCAUCACUGAUAGGCACACUUGCGCUAAGCCUUACAAUACCUCUGUCCAUAAUAGCUGACAUGUGCAUGCAAAAGGUGCAGUUUUCCUGGUUAUUUUUUGCAGGGGCAGUACCUGUAUUUUUUUCUUUUUUCAUCGCAACUCUCUUGUGUCACUACAACAACUGGGAUCCAGUGAUGGUGGGAAUCAGAAGAAUUUUUGCCUUUAUUUGUAGAAAACAUCGAAUUCAGAGAAUGCCAGAAGAAAACGAGCAGUGUGAAAGUCUCAUUCCUAUGCAUAGUGUUUCACAAGAUGGAGACAGUUGCUGUUCAUAGACAAAAGUUUGAAAAUGGAAUGAUGCCCAGCGAAAAGACAAUCUCCUGGAAAAGUCCCUAAGGAAUCAUGUUCCAGUGCCUAUUCCGAAUUUGUAGUAAAAAUAAGAAGUUUCAGUUCUUUUGGAACUCUAAACUUUUCCUCUUUCUUGCUUUCAUCUAGUUUUAUAAAUGAACAAAUUUACUACAUGCCUGUCACCUUAGGGAGUUAGUCUGUCAGAGCAACCAACCUGCCUUAUCACACAGAGCUCAUGAAGUUACUUGACAAAAUCAAGAAUCAAGAAAACAAAUGCUGUUAAAGUGAUUUCUUUCUUUCUUUAACUCAACGAUUUUUUUUAAUGCUGGACAAUGUUAUUUUUUAAAAAUACUUUCAAAUGAGUUAUAUAAAUAAGUUUGCAGGUCAUCAAGUCUUAGCAGGCUUUCAGAUGAAAAGCUAAAUAGAGAUGUUACCUGUAGUAAGUACAAAUUAACUGUUUUAUGUUGUAUAAACUAUUUGGAUAUUAAUAGAAGAAAAUAGAAAAAUAAUUUAUUAAGUGCAUUCUUGUAAUUAUUAAGGCAGGAUCUUUGUACGGUCCUGGAACACUACAUAUAUAUCAUAUUAUGCCAUUUUCAGAAGAACUGUAAUGGCAAUAUGUGCUGAUGUUUAAAAAUAUUUUGCUACCUAACAGUCUGGAAUGUUUAAAAUUUUAGUGAAUGGUAGAAUAUAAGAAAUUAUACUACAUUUGGAUAUACAUUCUCAAAAUCAGUGUUUGUUUUAAAGAGACUGAUUCUGUAACCCAUUCUUACUCCCAGUUACCUUACAUGGAAAACUAAAUUUGAACAUUUUCAUGCGUAUAGCUGCCAAGUUCUAAAAGAGACCAAAUUAAUUGUGGAAGUUUUUGGUCAAUGGGUUGGCACUACAGUAAUUUACUAAACAAUCUGGAAGAUAAAGGUGUCUGAUUGAUUUUCCUCACACCCCCCCCUCCCCCUCCCUAGUUGCAUUAAUAAAUUUAUUCUAAACCUGAUAAUUUUCCUUAUAAACUGUUAUUUUCCUUCCACUGCAGUGCUUAUGUCCUAUUUGAUUCUGAAAAGUUAUGAAUAGUUAUAUUCAGGAAUAUUUGAAAUGAGUCAAUGCUAUUUUCCUACUUCUGGCCAGUCAGACACAUGGAGAAGUUAAUUUUGGCUUUUGAUGGAUUUAAUUUUUUUAUAAUUGAUGGAGGAUGGAUUUUAAGCCAACACUAUUCCAUGUAACAGGAUUAUUAAUAAUGCAGGGUAUCUCUAAUGUCCUUCCACACAAAUACAGAGGGAUGAUAUGAAACAAAUGCCUUUUCAUAUCCUGAUACUCGGAAAUUAUCCUUCCCAAAUUUUGGUGGUUUGUUGAUACAACUGCCAGAUGAGAUUAAAUGCUUCAUUUAGAAGGACUGAUAAGCAGGAGCUAGAAUUUAAUGUAAAAAUACGCAAGUAGAGAGGGAAGGAAAAAUGAACCUGGGGACUCUUCUGGUAAAAUAUUGCGCCUUUAUAAAAAUUUACCUUCCAAUUUUUAAUAUUGAAUUACCUUCAGAUUUCAGUGAUCUGAGGUGUCUCUUGAAGAUGAGAUGGUACAUCUUUCUUUGGACACCUGAAAUAGGAAGUAAAAAAACACCAACAAACCAACCAAACAAACAAGAAGCAACCACAGAAAAUCCCCCCCAGUCCCCAAACAAAUAGGAUUUUAUUGCAUUCACAUAGACGUUUUGAGAAAUGUCACUUUUCAAUUUCCGAACCCUACUAGUAGAAGGGUUGAAAAUGCAAUUAAGGGAGUUUCCUUAGUUGUUUGGUUUGGGGAUUUCUCUUUUUAAUUUUUUUUUUUUUCCUUCUCAAUUAUGACAAAUUGGAGAAUGUUAGCUUCAACUUUUUUCUGAGCAGUAAUGUAAUGUUAAAGCGUACUGGCAAUAAAAAGUUAAUGUCUGUUUUUAAUUAAUGAUAUGUUUCAGUGAAAUCAUACUAAAUAUACAAUACCAGGCAUUAACUACAAAUUAGAAUCAGUCAGGACUUGUAGCAUCAACAAACUAAGCCUGGGAAAACAGUUUGCUCUUGGAUGGGCAACUACAGAAUUUUUAGUGGAGUAUUCUAGUGCCAUGUUUUUGAAACUGGUCAUACUGAUAGAAUUGGAGCAAUGUAUAAUGGCCAAUUGCUGUUCAUACUUGUCCUUAAGUUCACGACUUAAAGUGAAAGAUCAUCACAGUCUGCCAUGUAUAUGAGUUCGGUUAACUUCCGCUAUCCAUUAGUUGAGAGGUAAUAAGUAGUGUAAGUACUAAGAAAAUACUUGUCUGUCUUUGUAGGUUGAAGAAUGUUGAGUAAACUCAGAGUUAGGGCCUUUCCACUGUUAACAAAAAUACGGGUUGUUUUUUGUUUGUUUGUUUGGUUUUAAUUUUUUUUAUUUAGGGUAUUAAAUAUUUUAAUCACGGAAUCAUGGCAUGAGGUAGCUUGAGCUUUUGAAUUAAAUUACAGUUCUUUAAAGAGUAAGAAAUAAAGGAAACUGUCCUUCCAGAAAGGAUUUUUAAACAGUGGUGCCCUGUAGUUACAAGAAAUGUGUUACAAUUUUAAUUACAGAAGCUAUGACACGUAACAUUUAUUCCUGCAUUUAAUAGAAUGUGCUGAGUUUUUUUUCUACAAAAUCUUGUAACUUUUAGUCCAAGAAUAUUCUAGAAAUAUAGUUUCUAAUUUGAAAUGUAAAUUGCGUAGCUCUCUAAUGGGUGCUUGGUAAAUGCACAAGAGUUUUAGCUUUGAUUCUCAGGUACCUCUGACAUAAUGGAGACAUGCUGGGUUUUUCUUUCUCAUGACACAACUGGAAUGUGAAGGAGCUCUCUUAUAAAUGCUUUAUCUCUGUGUGCUAGCAUAAAUUAUCACUGCUCUUACUGUUUCAAUUUGGCAGUGUCUUUAUUCUGAUUUAUUUCUUGUAGGAAGCACAUACAGUUUAAAAAAAAAAGUAAUGAAUUUUUAUCUCCAGCAUUUCUUGGAAUGUCAUUAGAUGCUUAAGGAACAGUGAUUUCCCAUGCCUACAAAAUGGAAAAUGAAUACUACAUGUGUUGCUCUGUCAAACAGUUGAACUAAUUCCUGUAAUCUUACAAGACAACCAACAAUUUCAUAUGUGUGUGUGAUUGAGGUUUUAGAACUGUUUGGGUUUUAUAUAUGGAGGAAAUGAUGAUAAUUUGCCAAAUGCCACAUAGCAUGCCUUUGCUUUUAGGGUUCUGGUGAGUCUUGCAUAGUUACAUAUGCUGCGUACUGCACUCCAAAACAAAGGGGAAAAAGGAUUGCAGUUUUUCUGGGCAUUUUCUGUCAGGUUUCAGUCAUGCUGAAAAUGUGUUCACUACAAGGUGCUGCUGUAGGUGUAAUACUAAUUCAGGAAAGAACUGAAAUACAUGUUAUAUCAGUACUUGACAAUUACUUAAAAUAUGUGGCCCAUGAAUGCCACUGAAGACACUGAAGGCCUUAUGUUUCUGUUGCCCAGUGUGCAUUGCAUCAUGCUUGUUGGCUUUUUGCCUGUGGAAAUCCAUGUAAGGUGGGGGCUGAAGUAUGUCACUGAUUUGGCUGUUUUUGGAGCUGGGCUGGAGUGGGCUGCACACUGAAACUCGGAAGCAGGGAGGCUAAGUCUAAGGCACUGCCUGGUUAUCUCACUGUGGUGUUGCUAAUGAAUUUUGUGGAAAUACGAUGUUAAGCAAGGCUAUUCUUUCAAGGAUAAACCAUGGUGCUGCAUGUGAUACUUGAUAUGGUGUGAUGGUAUAUGCAUUACAUACCUCCUUGUAAUGAACUAGCAAAAAUAGGAGAGGCUGCAGACUACUUUUCUUGGUGCGUGCUGUUUGGCAUUGUCUUUCACAAUACCCAUUAUGCCUAGGUACUGCUAUUCACAAUGAUGAUUGCUUUCAAUAAGGUUGUAAAAUGACUUCUUUGUAGUUCUUGGUUCCAUCUCUCUUUGUGUUGAAUGUCGUCAUUCCUGUUCCCUAUUAAAAAAUCAUCCUAUUUUAGGGAAAUUAGCAAAACCUCCUAUCUUAGGGAAUGAGCUAAGCCGGGCUAUCAGAGGAGGGGAAAAAAACAGUUAAACAUUAGACAUGGGAUGUGUUUAUGAACACACUUUUAAAUUUCAUAUGAAAAUGAGCCUCAAUAAUGCAGGAUGUGUUUCUGUGUUUCUAAAUGAAGCCAAGAAGUGGCAUACUCGAAAAUCAAGAAACAAAACCUAAUAUUAGUAUCACAAUGUUCAGUUAUAUGGCAAACUGUAGAAUGGUACUUUUAAUCAAUUUUUUUUAUUUGGGAUAAGUUUUGAGUUAGUUAACAUUUCUGUUAUGGCUGUCAUAUGUAGAGUGUACAAUUUAAUAGUAGCAUUUAAGUGUUGGUUCAUAAACAGUUGCUAUGCAUGUUCAGUUGUUUCUAUUUAGUGGUUUUGGGGUUUUUUGUUUGUUUUGUUGUUGUUAUUUUUUUAAAUUCUUAUUAUUUUAGUCAUUUUUCUAUAAAAUCCAGGAUUGCAUUAAUGCUGUAUUUUGUUUUACAUGAUUGUUGCAGGGCAUGAUUUCUCAGGGAAAUACGGAUGAUGCCAUGUGUUGUGAGAGCUGAUAACUAACUCCUGCUUAUAACAUUGUUACAAACAUUUUCAUGUUUCACUCAAACAUUUCCAUGGUGUGACUUUCAUGCUGAAUUCCUUUACACUUGCCAGGUGUGAUGAGAAUGUUAAGAGCAUUUAAAGGUGACAAUAAAAUACACUCUGCCUAAUGCUUCAUUAUUUUUUUGGACAGCAAUCCAUUCUAAACUGAUGCUGCAAUUUGGGUGUAGUUUUUACCUUAUGGUACUGUGCACCAUAUAAAUUAAUAGUUACACUGCUGAUUUUGAAGCUGCACUUAUGGCAUGACAGUGACAGGACAUUAACUUUCAAAGUUAGGCAGUACUAAUACAUAAUCUGAUUCUGGGUAAAGUACCAGUAUAAAUCUAUGACACAAAUGUAUUUGUAAAAAUUUAAUGAUAUAAAUGAAGUCACUUUGGGGUUUUUUGUUUGUUUUUCCAGUAAAGCUGCUUUGGCUAGACUGGGAUUUGAUCCAAAGCCCACGAGAGUCAUAGACAGCAUUAAUAAAGUAAAACUUUACUGAAAAGAAACUCCGCAGUCAGGUUGACCUUUAUGCCUUUGCAGUAUUUCUGUCUGCAGAAUACAUUUGGAGUGGUUUGCUUUAAGACUUCAGUAACAUAAAUUUGAGGGAUUUUAAUGCUGGUAAAAUGGUAAGCAUGCUACUGUAAGUGGUCACAAAAAUAUUUCCCUAUAGCCAGCAUACAGCUUAAUUAUUUAGAAGGCAAAUUUCUUUGACUUUUCUUUUAAACCAGCAGUACAAGAAGUGUUAACCACUUAGUUGUAUACUUUUAGAACUUUUUUGUCACUAGAACAUCUGGUCAUAGUCAUUAGCCUUGAGGAUCAACUUCCUCUUAAUGAUUUCUAAUUUGACAUUUACAUUCAGUUGACAAAGCAUGCAAUGGGGCAUUUCCUUUCCUCUCUUGGUGUAAAGCUACUGUAUUUGUAUUUGGCUGCCCUAGUUCUCUAUAUUGUUAGAAAUCUAACAAAACAGAUCAAACACACAAAUGUGCCUCUACUUGGUUACCUGUGUUCUCACUCUCCUCUGAAGUACUGCAUUGUUACAUCCAGUUACUAGUAGGUUACCAGACUUCUUCAGGAAUGACUCCUGUGAUGUGGAACGCAUCCACAAUUUCAUCUUGUUUCAUAUCCUAUUUUUAAAAAUCAUAAGAGCCUUUUCUCUGAGGAUUUUUGUAGAAAGCAACUGAUUCUACAAGUGCAGAGUUCUUUAGCUGCAUCUCAGCUUAUAAAGUUGCAUCCAAUAAACUUUUGAGUGUUUUGUCAGGGAAGGUGCACAAAUUUUAUGUAUGUCCCAUAAAAGAAAUGUAACUGGAUACUGGAAUGGCCUCAGAAUAAAAAUUCAGGGAUGUUUCUAUACUUCCUCACAUGUUCCCGAAGUUUUUGGGAAAAAAAAAAAAAUUAAACCAGCCAAAACCAAAUUCCAUACUUAGCAGCUGAGGAAACUGGCCAUUUAGCAUAGAAAUAAUUUUAUUAUAUGCAAAUCACUGUGUUUUCAUUAGGGAUAUCCUGCAAUAUAUUACUGAUGUUGCUAGCCCAUAGAUCUUUUCUUCCUUUUCUGUGUUACAGGUGCUGCUUCUACCUAAAUCUGACCUUCUGCAUGCCAAUUAAAUGAGUUCCUCUACCUGAAUGAGUAACUUUUAAAAUAUUUUUAGAAUAUCCCUCUUUUCCCCUAGCUGAGGGAAGAGCAGGGGCUUUCCAGCCAAACAGUAUCCCUCAUCCACAGGAAAAGAAAAAAACCCCAACACUUAAAACCAAAAAUCUUAAUUGAGAAUAAAGAAUCUUACUGGGCAGCACAUGCGAUCAGCUGUAAAACCACCGGGGUAAUUUCUCGCUUUUCCCAGUUACGUACAGGAAGUACUUAGUCAAUAGUAUAUUGGACUGAUCUCUCUGAUCUUCAGCUGAUACAGAAUGUAGGUGUUUUAAGUAAUUUCAUAUUGAAGUGGAAUGCUUAAAUGCAGUCCUGUGAUUUGUGGGUGGAGGAGGAAACCACAUGGAAAAAAGUUCUAUUUGGCAAGUGUACAUACUAAGGAGUUUCUUGCCUGUAUUUUGGGGAUUUUAGGUUGAGGGAUAUUUUCGUGUGAAGUGUGUAAAAGCUCUAUAUACCAUCCAGUUACAAGUGAGUGCUCUAUUAAUUGAAGAUUGUGAGAGGCUGUUCACACAAAACUAUUGAAAGCUUAGCCAGUUGAUCAAGUUAAUGUUAUCUGAGCUUAAUUAGGGAAAUGCAAUGAGCUUGUGAUGCAGUCUCAGCACUGUACAGCUGAUGGGGUCCUUGUAAUGAUUCAAAAUUUAAGUUCUCUUUGGAGUGGGUAUUAGUAAAACAAAAUCAUACAUGAAACUUUCCUUAUUUGUUUAUGCAGGUUGAUUUAUGAAAUUUCUAGAGCUAGUGUGCAUUAAGAAAUGCACAAAACCAGUUGUUAGUAGUUUUGAUUGUGAUUUUGGCAUUACAUUUUGUACUACAUUUCAGUGAAUUCUGAAUAACACUUUUAAAGCAGAAGCUGCUUUAACUGAGGAACUUCCAACUGAAGAAAACUUUUGUUUGCAUCAAGUCUGUACCGUUUGCUGUUAAUUCAGAUAUUCUGAGGGCAUGGCUAGUUCCAGGUGUGUAUUCUCUAUGAAACAUCUUUUAAACAUAAUGUUUUAACCAUUUUCCUUAGUGAGACCAGGAUGUGAAUUGCUGAUGUCUAUUGCAUUUGCACUCAAAUACUCGAUUUCAGCGUGUGUUAAGUCUUGAUCUAUUUUUGACAAAAUAAAGAAGAGUAGCAUUUUUAUCUAAUUUCCGUUUAAUGAUAAGUAUAUUAAUUCAAGGAAGGACAUAUAAUCAUGGCUUGAUGCAGCAAUUUUAAGCCAAGAAAACAGCAGGGUGGCACUAGUAAAUCUGAAAUGAAGAUGUAUGUCUCUUCAGAAAUGCAUUCUGUUUUUUUAACCCUCUUUAUACCAAAUUGGUCCUUUCCUUUUGCCAGAAUUACAGAGGUGAAGCAAGUACCAGAACUUUUGCCCUUUGUUUUUUAAAAAUUAACAUGGACCUUUUCCCAGAAUGUCUUUGUCCUGUCACUUCAUUUUUGGGGUCGGGGGAGAGAGGGGAAUGAUGGUUAUGGUGGUCUCAGUUAAAUGAGAAAUACAGAAUGAGUAUUUUUAAUUAAUAUCAGAAUUAAGCUAUUAUUUUUAAAUUUUCUAUAUUAAUAGAGAUCUACUGAAUGGAAAUUACAGGCCUAUAUUGCAGAUAUUGAACAGUGGUUAUGUGUUUCUAACAAAACCAGCAUAUAUGUGAAAUUUGAAAUGUGUAAAGGUGAAAAUUGGAAGAUCAUUCCUGUUUUUAUUGGUUUAGAAAUUGAAAUUUGUAAUAUCCAAUACCAAAACCCUACAAAAGGGCUAAUGUAAAGAAAAUGUAAUGUAUUUUGAUGAACAGCCUGUAUAAUACAAUCAAUGGGUGUGCCAUUUUUGUUCUGUAUUAUAUGUAAGCAAACAAUAAAGAUUAUAAAUCUUUUUUCCUUAACAGAAA